AUGAGACACUCUUUUCGACCAGAGACUAGUGGCACUUUAGAUGAACUGAGUGAGAGAAGAUACUCUGGUGAAGUGGAAUCUACUAAUGAUUUGCAGGAUGAUUUUAUAUCUGCUAAAUAUUCUACCCGUGCUUCCUAUCAUUCUCAUUUGUCACAUUCAAGCACUUAUGUUGAUGAGCAAGAUGUUAUGAGUAAUCAGAAGGAGGAGGAGGAGGAUGUUGCUGAAAACCCCUUUGCCGAUUUUGAUGAAGAAAACUUCCAGAAAGAUAAUAAAUCAGCAAUUGAAAGCACUGCAGUAGCUUUUGAUGAUUAUGGUUCAGAUGGUGAUGACUAUGGGUUUGAUUUGGACAAAGGAGCAGAGCCCAGUGUGAAGACCUCACAACCAAGCUGGGAAUCACCUAGCUAUCCAUCAGCAAGUAUCAGUUCGCCAAGCCCCAAAAGGACCACAGUUGACACAUUUACAAAGAUUACUCCCCAAUCAAGUUUCUCCACUAGCCAGCACGGUCCUAUAUUUUCUGGCGAUUUAGCUGAUUCUACAGUUCAUUCAUUAGCAGAUGAACUUGCGCCUGUGACCUUUGAUGAGUCAGAUGGGCCAAGUUCAGAAAGUGAAGUGGAGCAGAGCGAUUAUAAGGAAGAGAGAGUAUAUUCCAGUUUUGGAUCUCAGAAAAAGUUUGGAAUUGGUGAUUUACCUUCUAGUUCAGGGAAAUACUCGCUUAAUUCAAAGAAUAAAGGAUUGGAUACCUCUGAUGAUCCUGUAGAUAAGAAGCACCAGAGUCAGCCCUUCAAUGCUUAUGAAGAUACUUUGGUUCAUGAAGUUGAGGAAAGUGCUUCUGUAUUUUCAGAACGUGGUACAAUAGAUGAUUCUAAAUCUUCACAUGAAGAUAGUUACGAUAGUGAUUUGGGUUUGACAUUUGGAAGAUUGACUGGUGGUCUGAAAAAUAAAGAUGAUUCUGUAGUUCAGCAAGAACCGGAGAGUGUGGAAGUGGGUUCCAGAGGGCCAGCUUUCACAUCUUUUGGUUCUGGUAGUGAUCAGAUUCCUGAGAAAACUGUUUCGCAAGAUAAUUCCAGAAGCCAUCGAGAACGGCAGGUUCAGAAGGUGGAGCAGAAAAGGACUAGCCAAGGCCAAAUUUCAGACAGCCAUCCGGAAUCUUACCCUCAGCAGGAGUCAGAAGUAAAUGAAACUGAAAGAUCAAGUUCCAGAGGUUCAAGUGCAUCUUUUGAAUUAAGAGAAGAACAGCGUGGUUCAAGAACCCGCCGGGAACGGUAUAUAGAGAAGAUGCAGCCAGAAGUGGAUGACAACUUGACAAGAAGAGCAAGCACGAGGCCAGUGAUCCCAUCUCUGGUCUCUGACGGCAUUUAUGCUCCAGAAGGAACUAUGAAAGAACAGAUUUAUAACAGUGGUUCUGAACCUUAUACUCAGGAGGAGUCCGAAGUGAAUAAAAGAUCAGGCUCCACUGGUUCAUCCACAAACAGUAGAGAACGUAUAGGUGCUGGGCUUUCGAAGGACAAAGGCAGAUCCUCUCUGAGGAGCUCUUAUCCAACUGAAACUUCAACAAGGCCUCACUCUGCGGCUGAUGAAGCCUAUAGUUUGAGAAGUUCUGAACAGUCGAGGUACAGUAAGGAAGCAAAGGGCGAGCCCAUUUCGGAAACCAAAAGAUCGUCUCGUGAGGAGACCUCAAAGUCUACUGCAAUGGAACAACCUUCGUCUUCAAUUUCAAAGAAAACUUCAUCCAGUAAGUCAGGUAUGAGUGAAGAUAGACCAAAGCCUACCGCAAGAGAGCAACCUUCCUUGCCCAUCCGAAAGAAGGUUUCAUCUGCUAAGUCAGGGAUGAGUGAAAGUUCUAAGGCUGCAACUCCAAGCUUAGAGUCUGCAUCUAGGGAGGAUUCCUUCAAUCGAGCAAGUCACGUUCAUCCUAAGCUUCCCGACUAUGAUACUUUUGCUGCCACUAUGCAGUCACUUGAGCUAAUCGGAAGUAACUCUUUUGGUCUUUCUUUGUGGAUAUGGUACAUUCACGUCGGUCAUUUUUGUGCAUGGUUUUGA